UGAACGACACCCGAAGGAAAACGAGUGUCGGGAAGAGCUCGCGAAAGGCGAAUGACGAUGGCUGUGAAGAGAAGAGAGGAAAUGAAAGGUGUAGUGCUUGAAGGUGCAGCGAGUUUAUUGUCCUGAAGGAGGACGAAGAGUGAGAAGGGGAGAUUUGCAGUCGGCGGAACCAGUAUGUGACGUCAGCAGCUUGUUGGAUUGAGGUGCUUUGUCCAGCUGAUUUUAAUCCGAACUCAUUAAGGAACCGAGAGCAAGUGUCUGCGCAAGUGCUCCGGCAAGAGAAAGUGACAGCCGACCGAAGGAGCACUCGACGAUCCAUCAAGGGAGAUAAGUAGACCCUUAUCUAUGACUUAGAGACGGCGGGGAACCGUUUUUGAUAUUCCCCUUUGAAGCAUCUUGCUGGGUUUUCUUUUAUUUCUGUUGUACGUUCUUUGUCCUUGGAAUUUCAUCGCGUGGCUUUGGUCAAAACAUGCCCACAAACGGAAUUAACAGAGCCCUGAAGCUCCAGUUUGGGCUCAUCAACUACGAAAACCGCUACCUUACAGCAGAGGCCUUUGGCUUCAAGGUGAACGCUUCAGGCACCAGUAUGAAGAAGAAGCAGAUCUGGACCUUGGAGCAAGACGAGCACGACGGCCAGGUGGUGUUCCUCCGCAGUCACUUGGGACGUUACCUGGCUACCGACAAAGACGGCAAGAUCACAUGCGGGGCUGAAAGUCCUGAACCAGAGUGCCGGUUCCUGAUCGUGCCCCAGUCUGAUGGUCGCUGGGCGCUGCAAUCGGAACCUUAUCUGCGUUACUUCGGAGGCUCAGCCGACUACCUGUCCUGCUUUGCCCAGGUGAUUGCCGAGCAGGAGUUAUGGGCCGUCCAUUUGGCGCUGCACCCGCAGGCCAGUCUGCUCAGCGUGGCACGGAAACGCUACGCCCACCUGUCGGCCUCCGACGGAGAGAUCUCGGUGGACAGCAACAUCCCCUGGGGGGUGGACUCCUUGGUCACUUUGGUGUACCAGGAUGGCAAGUACAGCCUGAAAACCUGCGACAGCCGCUUUCUCAGCAAUGACGGCAAACUGGUGAAGGAGAACACCAACGCCACGAGCUUCACUCUGGAGUUGAAAUCCGGCAAGCUGGCCUUCAAGGACUGCGAUGGCAAAUAUCUGACCCCCGUGGGUCCCACGGGAACGUUGCGAUCUGGCCGAUGCUCCAAGCCGGGGAAAGAUGAGCUCUUUGACCUUGAGGAAAGUCACCCACAAGUCGUUUUUCAAGCUGCCAAUAAAAGAUUUGUCUCCGUCAAGCAAGGUGUGAGCAUUUCAGCCAACCAGGAUGCGGAGACGGACAUGGAGACUUUCCAGAUGGAAAUUGACAAGAAGAGCAAAAAGUCCAUGUUCAGGACAAACGGGGGCUCCUACUGGACUCUUGUGACACAUGGAGAGAUCCAGUCCACUGCAUCUGAAGCAGAAAUCAAUACAAUGUUUGACAUCGAGUGGCGGGGACACAGAGUGGCUCUCAAGGCCAGCAAUGGCAAGUAUGUGUGCACAAAGAAGAACGGGCAGCUCUCGGCAGUGAGCGAUGCUGUAGGGGAGGAUGAAUUGUUCCUGAUGAAGCUCAUCAACCGACCCAUGCUGAUCCUCCGCGGGGAGAAUGGCUUUGUGUGUCACCACAAGAACUCCAACACUCUCAAUGCCAACCGAUCGGUCUACGACAUUUUCUCACUGAUAUUCAACGACGGCGCCUACAACGUUAAAAGUGUGAAUGGAAAAUUCUGGUAUGUCUCCAGUAACGGCCUCGUGUGCUCAGAUGGCGAAAAGGCUGAAGAUUUUUUCUUGGAGUUCCUGGAACACGGGCGGAUAGCUAUCAAAGGUUCCAACGGCAAGUACCUUCGAGGAGACCAGGGAGGCACGCUCAUGGGCGAUCGCACUUCAGUUGAUGCAUCCUCUCUUUGGGAGUACUAAAACCUCAUCAAGUCAGUGUCCUAACGCGGCGCAAGACGAUAAUGAGAUGAAGAAGCUGCUGCUGUCAGCUCACACAAAGUGGAUUGGCUGGCUAACAUUUUCAUGCCAUGUUUUAUAUCAGCAGCCAGACGCCCAAUCGCAUUUUUAAAUUGAGACAUUUCGGAAGAGCUUUGGUUCCUCAUUUUGUUUUUUCGUCUUUGAAAUGACCACAUAAUUGCCAAUGUGGGAGCGAAAAGAAAAAAAAAUAAUCAUAGCUCAUCCAAAUAUGUUCUUUCAAUCGAGGCCAGCAAAAGUACAUCAUGUCCAAGCAGACACCCACAACAAAAACGUCCUGAUUACGAGUGCUGUCUAGUUCGUAUUGAAUGCCAUCCAAAUAUUAUUUGUAAAAGCCAUUUGAUGAACCAAGGCCACCACGAGUUCCACCACAAAAUGCAACCAUUCAUCUCGGGAAAUAGAAACGAUGAAAUUUCAUCCAUUCAAAAUUGCUUUUUUCUCAACAAACACGACUGAAAUUCGAUCAGGAAAAUUCCGGAUCCAUCGCAAUAUUGAAACAGGCACGCUUUUAGUUUCGCCGACCCUCGCGUUAAAGCCACCCCCCGCCCACCCUUGUUUACAGUCCUUUAUUUUUGCCCAAUGCUUUUCCUGGGUAAGCUCCAAAGGCAAGGCGUGGCCCCCUAAACGUCACGAUGAGCAAUUGGUCAUGCCCCGUUGUUUUUAAAGACAGACGGGCGAUCGCCAAUGGAGUUUUCAUUUAUUUUAAUGGGCCAUUUACAGCUUCCAUAAAACACGGUAUGACACAAAUGAAGUGGACUUGCGCAAAUGGACUGUAUAGUUCGAAUGCCAAGCGAUGUACAGUAAAGCAAACUUGGCGGUAUCGUUGGGGUGGGGGAGAAAAACGUGUGGCAAAUACCAAACAUAGUUUGGGAAGAAAUAUCAAAACAGCAACAUAUGAAAUGAGCGUGAAGCAAAGGCAGAGGUAAAGCAUUGCGUGUGUGUCUAGUGGGUAAAGUUUCUGCAUUGGGGCCUUAUACUGCAUUCCACAGUAAAUCACUUUAGGGUUUUAUGGCUAAUUAGAGCAGGUUAGGGAUAGGCAGCGUUUGGGUGCUGAUGAGGGAGAGGGUUUUCUCGUCGGCAUGGGCAAAAUUUGCAUUUCAUUGUUGAGGAAUCACAUCUCGAAGGAACUGAGGCGAAAAGGGAGUAUACCGUACGCAAUUUGGCGGCAACUGUUGACCGAGUCGAGUUUGUGGUCUGAAGAAGACCGACAUGACGUCCGCUAUUAUCGCAGAUCCCCGAUGGGGCGCCUUUCCGCUCGAUGCAACAGCAGCACCAAAAGGGUUGCUUAGAACACGCCGAUGAAAAGUUAAAACAACAAAUUCAUCGUUCAUUUUUUCCCCUCAGGAGAUUCGAGAGAUUUAGACAAGGGCCCAUGCCGCACCGUGAGAGAGAGGUCGAUUGUGUUGGGUAGACAAUGGCGACCUCUGUGAAUGCUAAUAAGGAUUGUGCAUUCACAGUCCAUGGAGCACCGAAUUUACAAAAUCACAAAUCGAUCAUCGCAGAGUUUCCUAACGCCCACUGUGACGCUUAAGUAAGGUCAAUAGCUUGCUAAAAUCCAAUCACCCCAAACCAAUCAGAAAUUCUGAUCAUUGUAUAGCACUUUCAGAUGUUCAUGGCUUGGUAGUAGGCUCAAAAAAAAAAAACAAAAAUAUUGCAAAAAUGCAUUUGUGAGUAGAGAGUGAUAUGAUGGUACAACGGCAGCAUCCGUGAAGUGGAACACCGUUUUCAUCUUCCCUCCUGGAGUUGGCACUGUUCUUGAAAAGUGACACUCGAGGGUUCAACAGAUUCGAUCACGGUGAACGCGUGCUUUCAUUUCCACGAGCAGACUGUCCAUCAAACUAUUUUCUUGGAAUCAAACUAUCCAGAAUAAAAUCUAAAUGUGUCUACGAACCGA